AUGGCGGCGACGGAGCUGAGGGGAGUGGUGGGGCCGGGGCCGGCAGCCAUUGCAGCUCCGGGCGGCGGUGGUGGCACCGGUCCCCCCGUAAUGGGAGGCGGCGGUUGGCUCUUCAAAUGGACCAAUUACAUCAAAGGCUACCAGCGGCGCUGGUUCGUGCUGAGCAACGGGCUCCUGAGCUACUACAGGUCAAAGGCAGAAAUGCGGCACACCUGCCGUGGUACCAUCAACCUCGCCACAGCCAACAUCACUGUGGAGGACUCCUGCAACUUCAUCAUUUCCAAUGGGGGUGCACAGACCUACCAUCUGAAGGCUAGCUCGGAAGUGGAGCGGCAGCGCUGGGUCACAGCCUUGGAACUGGCCAAGGCCAAGGCUGUGAAGAUGCUUGCAGAAUCGGAUGAAUCAGGAGAUGAAGAAUCCGUCUCCCAAACUGACAAGACCGAGCUGCAGAAUACCCUGCGGACCCUCUCCAGUAAAGUGGAGGACCUGAGCACCUGCAAUGACUUGAUUGCCAAGCACGGCACCGCGCUGCAACGCUCCCUCAGCGAGCUGGAGUCCCUGAGACUGCCUGCAGAGAGCAACGAGAAGAUCAAACAGGUCAACGAACGGGCCACCCUCUUCCGGAUAACAUCCAAUGCCAUGAUCAACGCCUGCAGAGACUUCCUCAUGUUAGCCCAGACCCAUAGCAAAAAAUGGCAGAAGUCACUACAGUAUGAAAGAGACCAGCGCAUCCGACUGGAAGAGACCCUCGAACAGCUUGCGAAGCAGCACAACCACCUGGAGAGGGCCUUCCGAGGGGCCACUGUACUGCCGGCGAACACUCCUGGAGGUGCUGGUGCUGGGAAAGAUCAGUGCUGCUCUAGCAAAGGAGACAUGAGUGAUGAGGAAGAAGAGACGGAAUUUUUUGAUGCUCCUGAGAUCAUCACCAUGCCUGAAAAUUUGGGCCACAAACGAACCGGCAGCAAUAUCAGUGGAGCCAGCAGUGACAUCAGCCUUGAUGAACAGAAUAAACAUCAGCUGGAGGAGACAAAGAAGGAAAAGAGAACUAGAAUACCAUACAAGCCAAACUAUAGCCUCAACCUGUGGAGCAUCAUGAAGAACUGCAUUGGGAAGGAACUCUCGAAGAUUCCCAUGCCGGUGAACUUUAAUGAGCCCUUGUCCAUGCUUCAGCGCCUUACUGAGGACUUGGAAUACCAUGAGCUGUUAGACCGAGCGGCCAAAUGUGAGAACUCUCUAGAACAGCUCUGUUAUGUUGCAGCUUUCACCGUGUCCUCCUACUCCACCACUGUCUUCCGCACCAGCAAGCCAUUCAACCCGCUCCUCGGGGAGACCUUCGAGCUGGACCGAUUGGAGGAGAAUGGAUAUCGAUCCCUUUGUGAGCAGGUGAGUCACCAUCCGCCCGCCGCUGCACACCACGCUGAGUCCAAACACGGCUGGACUUUGCGUCAGGAAAUCAAAAUCACCAGCAAGUUUCGAGGCAAAUACCUCUCCAUCAUGCCCCUUGGUACCAUUCACUGUAUUUUCCAUGCAACUGGGCACCACUACACUUGGAAAAAAGUUACCACGACAGUGCACAACAUCAUUGUUGGGAAGUUGUGGAUAGAUCAGUCUGGUGAAAUUGAUAUUGUGAAUCACAAGACAGGAGACAAAUGCAAUCUGAAGUUUGUUCCUUAUAGCUAUUUCUCUCGGGAUGUAGCAAGAAAGGUGACAGGGGAAGUGACAGAUGCAUCAGGAAAAGUUCACUUUGCACUUCUCGGAACGUGGGACGAGAAAAUGGAUUGUUUCAAAGUACAACCAGUCAUUGGGGAGAAUGGGAGUGACACUCGUCAGAGAGGCCACGAAGCAGAGGAGAGCAAGAUCAUGCUGUGGAAAAGGAACCCUUUACCGAAGAAUGCGGAAAACAUGUACUACUUCUCAGAGCUUGCUCUGACUCUCAAUGCCUGGGAGGGUGGCACAGCCCCCACAGACAGCAGGUUACGGCCUGACCAGAGACUGAUGGAAAAUGGGCGCUGGGAUGAAGCAAAUGCUGAGAAACAGCGCUUGGAGGAAAAACAAAGACUUUCCAGAAAGAAGAGAGAAGCCGAAGCUAUGAAAGCCACAGAGGAUGGCACAUCCUACGAUCCCUACAAGGCGCUGUGGUUUGAACGGAAGAAAGAUCCUGUUACCAAGGAGUUGACCCAUAUUUAUGGGGGAGGAUACUGGGAGUGUAAAGAAAAACAGGACUGGAACACAUGCCCGGACAUUUUCUGAGGUGGCAGUAGCAGUUUGAAGGUGGAUCCAAAGGAGAAGAGGACAGAGGAUGUGCGGGAAAGCCGGCAGUUGGAACUUUCUUACCGAGUGCUUUCCUCAAGUUUGUCUGUCUU